GUUAGAUGUUUGCUAACUGAAGAGCUAAUUGUUGUUUCCCGAUAGCAGUAGCUGUGUGCGCUGUAUUGAAGGUUAGACAUUUAAUAAGAGCAUAUGGCGAUCUCCAGUUAGUACCGUUUAUAAAGCGAUGUCCGCGAGCGUGCUGAGUGACUUUUAAGUCCAAAGGUUGAAGCUCCGAGAUGACUUUGGUCUGUGGUUUAUAGAUCCAGCUGUGAUGGCAUCAGAGGAGGAAUUCAGUCUGCUGGUCAUCGUGGUGGACGUCAAUCCGAUGUGGUGGGGACAGCAAGCUCAGCGCGAGCCCCAGUUCACUCUAUCCAAAUGUUUGGAUGCUGUCAUGGUGAUGGCUAACUCCCAUAUGGCCAUGACCAGGACAAACAAACUGGCUGUCAUUGCUAGUCACUGUCAGGACAGUUAUUUUUUGUAUCCCUGUAAGAGCUGGAAAGCUGAGGAGGCUAGUGCUGAUGAUGUCUCCUCUACUAAUGAUGGAAAAUAUGAACUCCUAUCAGUUACCAAUAAUGUAAUGGCUGAGCAGAUCAGGAACAUUUUGUCCAAAACUGAGGUGAAGGCAAGUUCUACAGACACUUUGUUAGCUGGAUCCCUUGCCAAAGGUCUUUGUUAUAUUCACAGGAUCACAAAGGAGCUGGAAGUUGGACAAGAGAUGAAAUCAAGAAUAUUGGUGAUAAAAGCUGCACAGGACUGUGCUCUGCAGUACAUGAGCUUCAUGAAUGUGAUUUUUGCUGCCCAGAAGCAGAAUAUCCUGAUAGAUGCCUGUGUGUUGGACACUGACUCAGGGCUUCUACAGCAGGCCUGUGACAUAACUGGAGGCCUGUACCUGAAGAUCCCACAGAAGGUUGCUCUGGCUCAGUACCUUUUGUGGGUGUUCCUGCCUGAUUGCGAGCAGCGCUCUCAGCUGGUGCUGCCACCACCUGUGCAUGUGGACUAUAGAGCUGCAUGUUUUUGCCAUCGCAGCCUCAUUGAAAUCGGUUACGUCUGCUCAGUUUGUCUGUCGAUAUUCUGCAGCUUCAGUCCCAUCUGCACAACUUGCGAGACUGCCUUCAAAAUCCAACUGCCGCAGAUUGUAAAACCCAAAAAGAAGAAAGUCAAGCCCUUUUGAUUUUGACUGAUACCAAAAUAGGGAAUUUAAUACUGCCAUAUCAUUUUUUAUACUGCAUAUUGUAUAGUUUGUUUGUGGUUUAGAUUUAUAACGAACAUGUCGGAGGCAGCACAGCCAAAUAAAAAUGACUGCCAUUGGCUCUUUGG